AUGUGGGUACGGCGGUGUGCCCCCUGCCUCCCGGCGAUGCUCCCCUCCUACGCCAAGAUUCUCGCUACCACCGUGUCAGUGUUUGCAGCCUGGGCGACGAUUCGUGGCAUGCUUAGGAACGUUUUGGUUACUGAUCUUGACCUGAAGUCUCCGGAGGGGACUGUCUCCUGUCUGCGCUCGGGGAGAAGAUGGCCACGGAUCGGUGAAGGAGGACUAUGGUCAUAUGAAGGGGGCGAGUUCGCACAAUGGUGGGCGUAUGAUCACAAUCCAGAAGCUGUGUUUGGUACGGUGGAGAUGACUGUUCAAGAGUGUUCAACAAUAACUGUUCCGUUGGAUGGCCUGGCUGAUUUAAGUGCUGGCUAUCCAGAUCCGAUCCAUGAGAAGCAUCAGCAUCCAACUUUUUCUCGACUGGCAGCUGCAAUCGUCGCGUACAUCCUAUCAUUCCUUCUGGCUGUUUGGGUUGCGUGUCACGACUUCGCCCUUAUAUCAUACAAUUGCCCAAUCUGUGUUUCCACGCGCAAGGCAUAUGAGGACAAUUUCGAUUUAACCCUCGCGAAAGAGAGGACAAGGGUUUCAAGCCAUCUCCAAUCCAUCCUGGAUGUUGAAGGAUUCAAGAACACUUUUCCGAAAUUCUGGCGCAUCUCUCAGAGCAUUGUUGCUUGUGGUUGCGGCGCGAACUGCUGCCCUUGUCCUGGGGAUGGGAAUAUCCAUAGGCCACGGUGUAUCAUCGCUUAUGUUUUCAGCGUCAUUGCAUUCGUGACCCUGGUGUGCCCACUGGUAGUUCUGUUGGGAACCUUGGACUACUUAUGCUGCAUCGUCUUCGUCUGCAAGAGGCCUCUCAAGGAGCGCGCGCGGCUCAGCCGCCUCGUUGUCUUCUGCCUGUGCUGUAUAUCCUCGGCGAUGUACCUGGCGAUCAGCGUUGAUGUAUUUCUCUACGAUUUUACCCGGCCGACCUGA